AUGGACGGGACUCUCAAUCUCUUUGUGCAAAUUUCCACUUCCUCUCUUAUUGCUACUUGUUCUAAAAGGAAAUUCCUAAGUUCCUUAUGUGUCCAUUCUCCGGCUGGUGAACUUCGUUCCCUCUCUAUUAUUUUUUCAAUAAGAGUGGAAGGAAGUUUGGCCUUAAUUGUGGUGACUAGUAGGGACGCGUCUUCUUUUGUGCUGAAAUUGCAUUCUAAUUGUCUGCAAAUUCUUUCUAUGUUAUCGCAAAAGGUGCGAAGCGAAUCAGCGGUGUCCUUUGUUGGUGGUAAUUGAAGAAGCUCUGAUUGGAGAGUUUCUCUGAGGUUCCGGGUACUACCAUAUCUUCCUUUUAAACAUUCCACUAUAAUCGGGUAAUUUUCGGCAAUUCUCGGGUAUCCUUGGAUGGUCGAUUCCGCUGAUCCCAUGAGUGAAUUGCAUAAAUGGUGGAUUUUGAGCGCGUCUGGGAUGUU